AUGGCAGGCGGCGCAGGUGCUCCUGGUGCUAACUCGCGUGGUCGGGGCGGCAAGUUUAGAAAAUUCACUCGAGGAGGCGGCAAGCACUUUUCGCGCGAUCUCAAGCCCCUCGACGCCGACGGUAACGAAAUCAGCAUUUGGAGCAUGGAUGGGAAAAAAAAAGAUGGCUCCGACGAUGAUGACGACGACGAGGAUAGCGAAGAAGAGUCCUCCGAGGAAGAGUCCUCCGACGAUGCCGGGCCCUCUAAGACGCCCGCGGCCGAGUUGAACCGCGAGGCUCGCAAGAAGGAGAAGAAGGCGCGCAAGGAAGCAGCCGUUGCAAGGGCCAGGGGCCAAACCGUUCAGGUUGGCGACCUCCCCCCGAGCGAUUCUGACGACUCGGACGACAGCGAUGCUGAGGAUAUGCCCGCCAACCCCAAUCACUCGCGCGCAUCCCGUAACCAAACCAAGGCCCCACCCAAAACCCCAGUGGACGAAGCAACCGAGGGUGUACAGAAGCUCGCCGUGAGCGCGGGAACGCCGAACAGGCGUGAGCGCGAAUCUGCCCAGGCCCAAGAGGCCAAAGAGAGAUACCGAAAGCUGCACGAGGCGGGUAAGACAGACGAGGCCCAGGCGGACUUGGCCCGCCUGAGGCUCAUCCGAGAGGAGCGAGAGGCUAGAGCGGCUUUGAAGCAGGUAUGUGCUGCGACAGCCUUUUGA